AUGACCCAGGGUGAAAUGGCGGCAUGCAUGGGAAGACGAGCCGCUGCCAUAGCAAGCGCUUCUUCUUCCAACGUUGCAGCAUCGUCAGGCGGUGCUGCUUCUGAAUCCUCCUCUAUGGUCGCAGCACUGUCAGGUAGUGCAGCCUCUAAAGCUUCUCCCAAUGUCGUAGUAUCCAGUGAUGCUGUUGCAAAAGCUGCUGGCCAAGCUAGUCAAGAGCAAAGCUUCAACUCAUCCAAGUCUAAAACACAUGGCGUCACAUCUUCCUUGCAAGUGGCUCCAGAGGGCACAGUGAGUGAUGAAGGACGGACUGAGGGCAGAAUCCCGAGAACUCCAACACACAUCUUCCAUGGUGAGAAUAAGCCCUUGCUCCCCCUUGACGUGAACGAGCGUCCACAGUUCAGCGCAUAUUGCACCGCGAGAAAUGCCUUUUCCGGCUUCAUCGGACACGACCAGGAACGUGCGAUGUUAAAGGCCGCCGAGGAAUAUCUUCAGGUUACCCUCAGACUGGCUAUCCUACCCAAUAACGAGGGCUGCGUUGUAUGGGGAGAUCCCAGGGAUCCCACAGAGCAAACAAUACACCCAGAGGUGUUUGCUUCUCGGAUGGCUCGUUGUCAAGAUUGUCUAGUGCAGUGGGCUAGACAUCGCAUACCAGGCACAGAUGACCUGACUAUGAACUUUGACUGUUGGUUUCGCGUCUGGCGAUGGAACGAGCUCAAGCGUGAAAUCCGAGGACAAUCGUCUGUCAAGCCGUCACCGAAGCCAUGA